GCAUCGAAGUAUGCCAAAAUGUACCUAAGUACUGUCAAACUUUAUCUCGUUUUCAAAUUCUUGUUAGGGGUUGUCUUUCUUUUUAGUGUAACAUUGAGUUAGUCUAAAUUGUAAAAGUGAUGGAUCAAAUUAGCCUCACAGAUUUGAGGCGCCAGUUUUUCGGACCCACACUAGACGAAAGUGUCCUCCAUGGGGUCGACUGCUUGAGGGAUUUAUUUUGCGGAGAGCGCGAUGAUUUUCCACGAUCCAGUAGAGAGCGUAGACAUUCGAACCGGGUGGUUAGUGACUUGCAUCUCUAUCAAUCUUGUAGGGAUGUAAGCAUUCGAAGUGGAGAGGAUGCAUCUGCUGACACCGUUCUUCCGAAGAAAGAACAUGAAUAUGGGAGUAAGGAGCUGACGCGAAUCAAGAAACCUUCUCUGUUGAAAUCUGAUUCUUCGAAAAACAGUUCCAGAUCCUUGGAUUUGGAAACACGAAAGAGGAAAUCAUCCAAAGAUUCUGAUCAAGAUCAUAUAUUUGCCUUUAGCGGAAAAUUGAAAGAAGAAAAGCAGAGCUCACAGAUAUGUUAUGGAAACGUUCAAGAGAACGUGUCCAAAACAUCAACGGAAGAGAAAUUCUCAAAAGAGUCAUCCAAGGAAGAUGUGUUUUCUGGAAAGAAACGCUCAAUUGGAUCAUCAUCAGUCUCGAAAGAGUACUUCAAACCUUCUCGCACCGGCAAACUUUCUUCAUCAUCCGAACAGAGCAGCAAAACCAAAUCUUCCAGCGGAAGUAGCAAAAAUCUCGAGAAGCUAAAGAAAGAUUUGGCCAACAGUUUCAUAUUCGAGACGAAAACCAGUCCUCCAUCGCCAGCGACACGUGAACGCCACACCCCCAGAACUUCUCGUCACUCCACUCUGCGGUCCCUGUCCUCGCCACCGCCAAAAGCCUCGACGAAUGCCCGGAGACCCAAGCAGAUACGAACCAGAUGGGCCUUCGUCAAAGUGAACGAGUUCGAUGAUGGUGCAAAAACGUAUGAAGUUCUCCAGACGGACCUGCAAGUGGUGGACGUUGAGCGGUUGAAGGAUUCUCUGGCUGGAACAAUCUCCGCAACGGACCUGCCCCCAGAAGCGCCCACGGAGAUCGUUUUUGCCGCCCUGCCUGACGGAUCGUCACUCUGCUAUCGGGGAAAGGAUAUCAAACGUUGACUCCAUUUGAAUAUCUAUAUGCUAGGUUUCCAUAAUGCACCGAAUAGCAGAAAAGAAGUCGUCAUCCGCAACAGACGCGUCAUCAUCGACCGAUUAAAUAAACUGGUGGUCUGUUUUGACA